AGGGAUCCAAAUUCAUUCUCUCUAAACUCCCUUGUAAAAGCACCUGUGCAUUCUCCGUUAUAAUAUAAAUUGGGCUAUAGGUGUUCCACCUAAAGUCCUACCGGUCAAUCUGCGUGUUUUUACCUUUCUUACUUUGCCAAAUCAAGCAAACUAUUCUAGACCCGGUCUAGUAUAGUUUGACCGGUCAAGUAAUUUACACCAUCAUUUUUGGCGCCGACCGUGGGACUCCGUUAAGGUUUCUUCUCUUCCAAACACAAACCUACCCACCAAAACCCCACUCGAAAUGUUUUCCAGCCAACAAAUCAACGCUACUUCCGCACAGGUGCAAGCCACCAAUGUGGGCGCCAGCAUCCCUGUGGCUGCUACCAUACCGGUCAUUUCAGCCACGGUGUUGCCUCUGGGUCUGGGCUCUGUCCCGACGGCCAGCGUGAUCGGUCCCUUCGCGACCCCCGUCCCUUCCGCUGGACCGAGGGUCGCGUUCCCACCAAGCAUGGCUCAGUUCAUGAAUGACCCAGCCAACCUACAAGCCAUCCAGGGCUUUGGCCAGGUCAUGGCCAUGUGCCAGCAGAACGGGGGGAUGCCUUUCCUCCCUGGUAUGUUCCCAUUCGCCCUUCCAGGCGCGGGAACCACGCCCCUACAAGCUCCGAUGACGGUGACGUCGUUCCAGACGUCGAUGCCCCAGCCUUCACCUUUCCAGCCUCAGCUGGUCAGCACCAUGGCCCAUGUCAACUUGACCGGCGCACUUAACGCCGCAGGGCCGUCGCGUCCCUUGCAAACUACGAAUCCGCAGAUCACUCCUGAUGGUUAUUGCGUCUCGAUUGAGAGUGAUGACGGCGAGUGGGACAUCCCGAGGGCCCAUAAGAAGAAGAAAGGAAAAAACAUCCGGCCAGCGACCUCCCGAAACUCCGCCUUCAAAAGGCUGGGGGAUAGGGAGGAAGGCCAGAGGAAGUCAGCCAAGCAAAGGCUGGGGCAGAGCGUUGCUCAUGUCAGUGCAUUCGCCCGGCUAGGAAAGGAAGAGGUGGACAAGGUGGAAGAGAUGGAUGACAAGACCGUCCUCUCCCUCCUCUUGAGUGGCUUGCGUGCUGGGGAACUAUACAAGGAGUUCUGCCGGAAACCCCCAGCCACGUACCAAGAGGCCUACCAUACUGCAUGGGAGUUUGCUGAAGCUGAAACCCAGCUCUGGGCAAAGAGAGAAGCUGAGCAUGGUCACAAGCCCAAGCCGGUGCAAGUCAAUAAGGAAGAAGCACCGGGACCUAGCCGGCCGAGGCACCACUAUGACCCGGUCAUCCGAGUGGUCAAUACGGAAGAAUGCCAAGAAGUCCGGAAAGCACCGGUCAUUCCUCUAGAAAACCCUACCGGUCAAAUAGGGCGGCAGUGGUUGGGCACCUAUUGUUCGUACCACAGGUCAGAUUCCCAUAACACCUUCAAAUGCAAAAGUGUUAAGGGGGUCAUCCGGCAGAUGAUCGACAGUGGAGAGCUGGGCAAAGAUUACUUGCAGAAAGCCCAGGAGAAGAGUCAUCAAUGGGUUAGGCCGACUGCCCCAGGGGAUGACCGGGACAACAACCGGCGGAGGAAUAACCGGCCAAGGGAGCGGCAACCUGCUCCCGAAAAAGAGCACAUCGGCAUGAUCUUCAGCGGACCCGAGGGUGGAGAUUUAGCCGCGCAGUGGAAGAACUGGGUCCGGAGCAUUUACGUUGGAGAGGUAAGUGCUGAACUGCCCAGGCGUAAACAUAUUAGGAGGGAGCUUAUCGUCUUUACUGACCGGGAUCUCCCUCCUACCGGUGAAGAUCACAAUGAUCCAUUGGUCAUCACCAUGGACAUUAAUGGGAUGGAUGUCGCCCGGGUACUUGUUGACACCGGCAGUAGUGUCAACAUCUUAUACCUGGAGACCUUCCAAAAACUCAGGUUGUGUCGAACACAACUUGAAUCCCUCAAAACCCCUCUCCCAGGCUUCACGGGGGACACCGUUGAAGCUGAAGGAUCCAUAGUUCUACCGGUCGAACUAGGAUCAGGUGAAAAGACCGUGUGGAAGAAGAUGCGGUUCAUAGUUGUGGACAUCAAAUGCGUCCACAACGCAAUUCUUGGAAGGCCAGGCAUAAAUAGAGUCGGGGCGGUGAUUUCCAUGCCUCAUCUAUGCAUGAAGUUCCACACUCCAGGUGGUGUGGGUGAGGUGAAGGGCGACCAGAGGAACGCCCGGGAGUGCUAUGUCAGGGCAGUCAAGAAGAUGACCAAGAGGGUCAAUGUCAUCUCCCAAGAGAUCACAAAGGGAGAGACCCGGGAGAAAUUGGAGCCCGAGGCCGAGACGGUGGAAAUCGAACUUCACCCGGGUGAUUCUUCGAGGAUGGUCAGAAUUGGAGCAAAUCUCCCUGAGGAUCUCAAGGAACAGAUUACACGGGUCCUCCAAGAAUACGCGAGCAUAUUCGCAUGGAGCGUGGCGGAUAUGCCCGGAAUAGAUCGCUCUGUUAUCUGCCACCAGUUGGCCGUGAGGGAGGGAAGUCGACCGGUAUCUCUGAACCACCCGGCUGAUAUGCGAGCCACGUUCGAUAUCAUGGCAAGGUACAACCUCCGGCUGAAUCCUAAGAAAUGCGUCUUCGCGGUUCGUACAGGGAAGUUCUUGGGAUUCAUGGUGACCAAGAGAGGGAUAGAGCCCAACCCAGAGAAAAUCCGGGCCAUCACUGAAAUGCAAGCCCCUACCUCCGUUAGGAAUGUUCAAAAGUUGACCGACUUACCGGUCAACAAGCCCACUGAGCAAUGGUUGGAGAUGGCAGUUGACGGGGCAUCCGGUCCUAGAGGAUACGGGGGUGGUAUCGUGUUCACCACCCCAGAAGGGUUCAAGAUCUACCAUGCAAUCGUCUUCAACUUCAAGCUGACGAACAAUGAGGCAGAAUAUGAAGCUCUGGCUGGAGGGCUCAGACUUGCCCAAGCCCUGAAAAUCAGUCGGGUCAGUAUCAAAUCUGACUCUAGCCUGAUAGUUGGGCAGGUGACCGGUAACAUAGAAGCAAGGGAAGGAAGCAUGGCACAAUACAAGGACCUUUAUGCUCCCGAGCAUGUUUCAAAACUUGCCUGGGUAGAGAUCCUUGACCGUGCAAGCAUCAAAAAAUUGGAAGUCGCCGCUAUAACGGCCGGAAGCCAAUUUGACCGGUCAAACUUGGUCGGGGCGGACGACCAUUGGAUGUAUGAUCUGAUGGAAUAUUUGAUGGAUGGGAGCUUGCCAGAACAAGAUGACCGGGCAAGAAAAGUGAAGCUCAGGGCACCCCGAUUCCAGAUUCUUGAUGGAAAGCUGUAUAAGAGGGCAUUUGGGGGGCCACUCUUGAGAUGUCUAACCAACCGGGAGGCUGAGCGAGUCAUAGAGGAGGUUCACGGAGGCGUAUGCGCGGCGCAUCAAAUGUCCCGGAGUUUGUUCCCUUGUUGUAACCUCGAAGGAAGUUUCUUGUUCCUUCGUGAGAAGUCUUGGAGUGCGGUAUCUCCGAGCAAAGGUGUUGAGGCUCGUGUGACUCGAGUUCUCAAGUUGUAUCGGAAUGGGGAAGAAGUGCCCAUGAAGAAAGUUGGGGAAACCACCGUUCCCAAAACCGAAGAAGAAUACGAUGCGCAGGAUAUCAAGAAAAUAGAGAACAACGCCAAGGCGAUCAACAUUCUUUAUUGUGCAGUAAAUCCGGAUGACUACCGGAAGAUCUCUUGUUGUUCCACCGCCAAGGAAAUGUGGGACAAGCUCGAAAUCACAUAUGAAGGUGAACAAAAGAAGAAUGGAAUUGCUCUCAAAGCAUCUACAAGUCAAGAACGUGCUAUGGAAGACUCGAGUGACGAAGACGAGUUCGGAAUCGUACUCAAGAAAUUCCACAAGUUUAUGAGCCAAGAAUUCUCCACCGCCCGCUUCAUUCAUGACUCCAUUCCACGUGAGGCACGGGUUAUCCUUGAACGUGGAAACUUCCUCGAUCUCCUCUACAUAAAGAAGGUUAAUUAUCAACCUUUUCUUGUUCGAGCUUUCUAUUCGAACUUGAAAAAGGAUGAGGAUGGAUCGUUGAUUUCAAACGUCAACGGGGUGGACAUUUAUUUGAAUGAAGAGAACAUUCAAAUCCUCACCGGGCUUCGUCGGGACGGACAGGAUCUCGGGCUCUACACCGGAGAAGAGGGGGCGCGGUUCAAUGAGACCGCUCUCUUGGAGGAAGUGGGCAUCCGUCACUUCGUACCCACUCCCCACCAGCGGCGCCCUACGAUUUCUUCAAUGAGUCCCGUGUAUCGCUUCAUCUUCUAUGUGUUGACACGAAUCCUCAAGCCAAGGAAGUUCAACCACACCAAUCUCUCCCAAGAAGACACGAAGAGGAUCCAUGCGAUGAUUCACAACGCCAAUCUCAAUUGGUGUAAAUUUGUGAUGACUCACAUGAUCACGGCCACCUCCGACAAUCGGCCGCUCCCCUAUGCCCUCCUCGUCAUGGCUAUUCUUGAAGAAUACAACAUCAAAACCGAUGUUGGGCCAAAGGUAAAGGGGACGAAGCAUUGGGAGAUUGAUGAAUCUUCCUUCCAUUCGGGCACCGACGAGACUCCGUUUCGACAGCCUCGUCCACGCCGCCAACCGAGAGCCACUGCCUCAGCCGCCACCACAUCAUCCAACCCUUCUCUCGCCGAGCAAAUGGCAGCCUUAACCGCCACUCUCUCUCGGAUUGACACCAACGUCUCCAAAACGGCGCACAACGUCAAUACUUUGAGCCGUGAACUUCAUGGGUAUUUUGACUUUGUCAAUUACCCGUACGCUCAAAUGGUCCCUUACUUUCCUCCACCGAACUUCGGAGGUGAACAAAGUGGGACGCAAAGCGUUGGUAGAGAUGACGAGGUGGAAGAAGAAGAAGAAGACGACGAAGAAGAAGAAGAAGAAGAAGAAGAUGAUGAUGAUGAUGAUGAUGAUGAUGAUGACGAUGGCGAUGAUGAAGAAGAAGAAGACAUUGAUGAAGAACAACUUCUCAAUGAUCUUUCUCCGGAUUUCUAGAGCUCUAGCUCUACUUUCUACUCUUCUUUGUUUUAUAAAUUUUUUUUUUGCUUUCGCCUUGUACUCCACCUCUUUCCUUAAUUAAUAAAUAAAAAUCUUUAGG